AUGUCUAGACCAGCAGGCAGAACCAUCUUGGCAUCCACAAUCGCCAAACCCUACCAGGAAGAAGUCAUCAAUGCCGUCAACAGAUUGAGCUUCCGCCCAACUUUGGUGGGUCUAUUGGCCAACGAUGAUCCAGCAGCAAAGAUGUAUGCAAACUGGACCGGGAAGACAUGCGAGUCGUUGGGGUUCACUUACAAAUUGAUCGAAGUCAACAAAAACGAGUUGGAGACGUCGUUGAUCAAGGCCAACAAGGACGACAGCGUCAAUGGGAUCAUGGUCUACUUCCCCGUCUUUGGUGAUAAGCAAGACCAGUAUCUCCAACAGCUCAUAUCACCGGAAAAGGAUGUCGAAGGAUUGAACUUUUUGUACUACCACAACUUGUACCACAAUGUCAGGUUCUUGGACCCGCCGCACAACCAGCAGAAGUCGCUAAUUCCGUGCACCUCGUUGGCGAUGGUGAAGAUCUUGGAGUACUUGGGCGUCUACAACAACAUCCUCCACUACGGCAACAGGCUCUACGGGAAAAAGGUGUUGAUUGUCAACCGAUCGGAAAUCGUGGGCAGACCGCUCGCGGCAAUGUUGGCCAAUGACGGCGCCACGGUGUACUCAGUUGACAUCAACAACAUCCAGCAGUUUACUCGCGGGGACAAUUUGCUGGAACACCGACACAUAGUCAAGGACUUGGACCCCGAGGAGUACGCGUUGGAGAAGAUUGCGCCGCAGUGCGACGUCAUCAUCACGGGUGUGCCUUCCGACUCCUACAAGUUCCCCGUUGAUUUAGUCAGCUACGGCACGAUUGUGAUAAACUUCUCGAGCUCGAAGAACUUUGACGAUGACGUUAAGGAGCGCGCGGGGUUGUAUGUGCCCUCUAUUGGGAAAGUCACCAUUGCCAUCCUACUAAGAAACUUGUUGAGGUUAAUCGACAACAAGCAGAUCAGGGAAAAAGUGGUGGAGCAGUGA